AGUUUCGCGGGAGAAAACAUGGCGGAAGAGGCGAGUCGUGCCGCCGAUUCUGCGUCAGAUUCGGUGCAAUGUCCCGUUUGUUUGAAAAUUUUUAAACAAUCUACAAUCAACAGGCACUUGGACGUUUGUUUACUCGGCGGUACCGCAGAUAGCAGCCCGAUGACGGUGGACGAGAGCGUCCCUCCGGCGGUAAAGAAAAUGCGUACCGCGGAGACUGUCCUCCAAACCAGUGCACCGCCCUCCUCCACCGCUGGUUCCACUUCUUCCAGUCCUAUGUUCGCUAUGUUUCAGCCCAACAAGAAUAAAUCACCAGCACCCAAUGAGCGACAAGGAAAGCUUUUCAGUAAACAAAACUCUGGGAAUAUUAUCAAUAAGGGUAUAAAACGUGGAUUAGAGGAAGAAUCUGAACAAGAGAGCACAAGUAAAAUGAGUGAAACUGGUGCUUCUUCUAACGGAGAGGUAUCAAAAGAUCUAGCAAGAAGGAUACUGUUCACUCUUGAUAAGCCCCUGGCCGAAAUCCUGCGUCCAAAAUCACUGGAGGAGUAUUUUGGUCAGAAUAAAGUAGUUGGAGAGCAUACAUUGCUCAGGUCACUUCUGGAAACACAAGAAAUACCUUCUCUGAUCCUCUGGGGACCUCCUGGUUGUGGAAAGGUAAUCAUGCCCAUGGCCAUAGACUUAUCCUCAGAAACGACUCUAGCUCACAUAAUUGCCUGCUCCAGCAAAAAGAAGGGGACAUCGCGCUUUAUCACUCUGUCUGCCACCAGCGCGUCCACAAAUGAAGUCCGAGAGGUCAUCAAACAGGCACACAAUGAGCUCCGGCUGUGCAAGAGGAGGACUAUCCUGUUCAUCGACGAGAUCCACCGCUUCAACAAGUCACAGCAGGACACGUUCCUCCCUCAUGUGGAAAAUGGGACCAUAACCCUGAUCGGAGCCACCACUGAAAACCCGUCAUUCCAAGUGAAUGCUGCCCUGCUGAGCCGCUGCAGAGUGCUGGUGCUGGAAAAGCUGUCUGUGGAGGCCAUGGGCUCCAUCCUGCAGAGGGCAGUGGAGAGUCUGGACAUUAGGGUGGUGGGAGCAGCAUCAGACAGACUCAAACCUGCAGAAGAGUCAGAUGGACAACAGCCACUGAUUUACAUAGAGCAAGAUGCAUUAGACACUAUAGCAUAUCUCUGUGAUGGUGAUGCCAGGACAGGUCUUAAUAGUCUGCAGCUGGCAGUCCAAGCUCAGGUGAGCCUUGCCCAGAAUAAAGCUUUACAAGGUGGAGCUGGUGUGGAGAUAGUGGUGAAGGAAGCGCAUGUCAAGGAGGGCCUUCAGCGAUCCCAUAUCCUCUAUGAUAAAGCCGGAGAAGAGCAUUAUAACUGUAUCUCUGCAUUACACAAAUCCAUGAGAGGCUCGCAUGAGAACGCCUCUCUGUAUUGGCUAGGCCGUAUGCUGGAGGGGGGAGAGGACCCCCUGUAUGUGGCCCGCCGCCUGAUCCGCUUUGCCAGCGAGGAUGUGGGUAUGGCUGAUCCGUUGGCUCUUCCACAAGCUGUCUCUGCUUUCCAGGCUUGUCACUUUAUUGGGAUGCCUGAAUGUGAGGUGAUCCUGGCUCAGUGCGUCGUCUACUUAGCCCAAGCGCCUAAGUCAGUCGAUGUGUACAAAGCCUAUAACAAUGUGAAAGCCAGUUUGAGGAACCACAAGGGCCCACUGCCCCCUGUGCCUCUUCACCUCCGAAAUGCCCCCACUAAACUCAUGAAACAGUUGGGCUACUCUAAAGGCUACAAGUACAAUCCAAACUUCACUGGGCCUGUAGAGCAGGAGUACUUACCACAAGAACUAAAGGACAUAGACUUCUUUACCUGGACUCCCUCGUAAUGACAUUUAUAGUUACAAAACUCAUACUAAAGGGAUGAAGAUGAAGCACAGUAUUUUACAGAAUUGUGUAAAUAAUUAGACACACGCAUUGAAUAAAAAGCACUUAAUAAAUCACUUUGUAUCUAUGAAAAGUUUUGAAUAUGGGAUUGGAUUGCAAAGCUUUUUUUUAUACAAUCAACAAUUAUAUAUACUUAUUUUCAUUUUUGUUCAAUGUAAAUAAAUAAGUUUCUAUU